ACAUGCUUACAUGGGUUACAUAUCCAGUAUUACAUAUGCACAGAUAUUUUUACACACACACACAUGCACACACACAUACAUACACACACACACACAGCUCCCCCCCCAUACACACACACACGCACACACACAUACAUACACACACACACACAGCUCCCCCCCAUACACACACACACACACACACACACACACACACACACACACACACACACACACACACACAGAUAUUUUGAGACUAUUUUCACUCCAUAGCGCAGUUCUUCAGACUGGUGGCUGACCAGGUUGCUGUCAGCUAUAUGUUGUUCCUCAGUAACUGACAGGUUGCUGGAUGAACCUUCCGCGGUAGGGCAGUCAGUGGUGUGUACUUUCCGCCGUGGUUGAACCAACUCCUCUCCUACUGAUGACUUCCAUGACUCAAAGAAGUUCAGGCCUCGUGCAGAGGCGCACAGAAGCCUCGCGCACCGCUACCGACAAAGAUCGCGAGGUGGGCCGCGAGGAGCCGGAGCCCCGCGGAGGAGAGGAGCUGGAUCACGACGACAGCGGAGACUGCAAAGAAACACGACUCACCUUAAUGGAAGAAGUGUUGCUGUUAGGACUGAAGGACCGAGAGGGCUACACAUCCUUCUGGAACGACUGCAUAUCAUCGGGCUUGCGGGGCUGCAUGCUGAUUGAAUUGGCCCUACGAGGACGCCUUCAGCUGGAGCCAUGUGGUGUGAGGAGAAGAGGUCUGCUGUCCAGAAAGGUGCUUUGUAAGUCAGAUGCUCCAACAGGAGAUGUUCUUCUGGAUGAGGCUUUAAAACACAUCAAGGAAACCCAACCUCCAGAGACUGUGCAAAGCUGGAUUGAACUGCUGAGUGGAGAAACAUGGAACCCACUGAAGCUGCAUUAUCAGCUGAGGAAUGUCCGGGAACGACUGGCCAAAAACUUGGUGGAAAAAGGCGUCCUCACAACAGAGAAACAGAACUUCUUGCUUUUUGAUAUGACCACACAUCCCCUCACCAACAACAACAUCAAGCAGCGUCUCAUUAAGAAGGUCCAGGAAGCGGUUCUGGACAAGUGGGUAAAUGACCCUCAUCGAAUGGACAAGCGAUUGGUGGCUCUUCUAUUCUUAGCUCAUUCUUCUGAUGUGUUGGAAAAUGCAUUUGCCCCGCUACUAGAUGAGCAGUACGACUUGGCCAUGAAAAGAGUGCGACAGCUGCUAGAACUGGAGCCUGAAGCAGAGAGCGAGAAGGCCAACACGAAUGAGAUGUUGUGGGCUGUGGUAGCUGCUUUCACGAAAUGAGAGCACUGGACACAAUCUCUGGUGGUACUGUUCUGUGUUCUGUUGGGUACAAAUGAGAAGAGUAUUCCCAAUAAGAAAACUUUACUGGUGAUGCAGGAGAUUAUGUAUUACUGGCAUUUUUUUUUCUUCCAGGUAACUUUCUUGUGGACGAAUAAUUUGCUCCAAAUCUGAAAUUGCUAUUUCACUUAUCACUUUGCUAAAAAUCUGAACUCAAAAAGAUGAAUGAAAUUGUUUAUGAAACCAAUAUGUUGACUUUUUUUGUCUCUUAAUAUGUUAAUCGAACAGUUUGGCAAAUGUUAGAAUAAAGUGACUAACUCUUAGAUGAAUGGAAAUAUCCAUGUAAGAGCAACGUAAAAGGUUAUUUGAUUGGACCAAACGAUAUUAUGCUGUAAGUCUACAACAUCUAUGUUUCCACUUGUUUCAUACAAGAAAUGAGACAAUGUGGCAAGAUCCAAACCCAGUGUUGUGGACUGGCAAUAAGAAGUUAUUUCAUGUUGGCGUCUCGUCAAACAGCAGUGCGACAGCUGCUGGAACUGGAGCCUGGGGCAGAGAGCGAGAAGGCCAACACAAAGUCAAUAUGUGUUCAGUGUCAGGAGGAACUGCGUUAAGUUCAUAAUGACUCAAAUCCCAGGUCUGACUAAAGUAACAAGACCAGGUAGGAAGUUUAAAUCUCCAGAAACUGCUUUGAAAAUGGUUCAGUUUGUGUCUUUAUUGUUUUAGGUACAAUACAGUCAGCAGAAAUGGAAAAUGCAGUAAGGAAUGAUUUUGUGUAUAAUCUUUUCUGGAUGUAGAAAGCAAACCGUUUUUGUCAUACAAGGUGUACGGUUAUCCUGCAGAGAAAUACAUUUGUGACAAUAUCCUUAUCUAUUGUACUGACGACUUGAUCUAGUUCAAAUAAUCGUUCAACCUGAAGCUUCAUUCUUGAUCAGGACAGGAAUAGGUCUAGCUGAUUGAUGAUUGAUCACAAAGCUUCACUUGGAAAAAAAUGACUCAAGCUCUCGAACAUGAAACUACUUUCUUUUUGUACAGCUGUAGCGUAAACAUACUGAUUCAGAAAACCAAUCUAGAUUUAGACUCGUCUUGCAAAAUUGACAAGAUCCUGAAGAGUUUAGCUAGUGAAAUACUCAGUUCUAACUGGAACAGGGAUUGAUUAUGCAGGGCAUUUGAUGUUCAGGUAACUCAGAUUGGUUCUACUGUUUGAAAUUGUAAAUUAGUUUGUUUAAUCCUGUUUACCAUAAACGAUCACCUCGUCCUACUUUUGUAUCACCAAGCUUUUGUGUUGAUCAACACUGUUCUGUGUUAUAAAUGCUCAGAGUUGCAGAACUGAAGAUAAUGGAAGAUGUUUUCUUAAUAAAAUUUUUAAUAUGUU